CUUUCAUUUGGUCACAAUAAACUAGAACUUUGGACUCCUCCAUGAACACAGAGAAAAUCUCGGAGACUCGCAGUCAGCCAUGGAUAUGAAGGAGCUGAGGGAUAGCAUUCGGAACUUCAGCUUUGACCAGUGUCCUAAAAGAGGCCAAGGAUUCAGCAGAGUUCUUCUUCAACUUUUUGGCUUUCUGGGCCAUGGAAAAUCCUGCUUUAUUAACACCUGUAAGUUUGUCUGGGAAGAAGGGGAGUAUGAGAACUGGGCACAAGCUGCAGGUGUGGAUGAAGGUCAUACCUUGGAGAGGAGAUCCUACCCUCUGACACACAACAUCACCCUGGUGGACAAUCGGGGCUUCUCCAUAAUGGGCGGGUAUGAGACUGGAGAGAUCUUCGCUCAGCUGGGAAACCUGUUACCCCUAGAUACCCCCGUGGAGUGGAAUGAAGGAUUUGGUCUUGCAGGGAGAAUAAUAGAAGCUGAAAAGUGUAUAAACAAGUCAGACUUCAUUGUCCCUAUCUUCAUCUACAGUGUGAAGAAAGGAAUUGUCCCAGGAGAGAUGGACCAUCUGCGAGAGCUGAUUGUGACCUCCAGAGACCUCACAGGAAUUUUACCCGUCGUUGUUCUCACCCACAAGAGCAGCAGCAACAGGGCAGAUGUGAUGGCAAAUUUCCAAAGCUUGGGGGUGGAGCAGAUAUUUGCCCUGGAAAACUACACCCCCGAGGAUCACACAAAAACAACCUCAAAACACGAGGAAGUCCUGAGGUUCCUAUAUGAAGUUAUCGAAGACGUUCACUUUCAACUGGGUCAUCGGAGGAACCCUACGGAGGAGAUGCUGGAGCGGAAAGAAUUUGUCCUGACAUAUAUUCACCACAAUGAUCUGAAAAUGCAAUACGUAGAAUCGGAAAAUACAAAGAUGAAGGAAGAGACUUGGCUUAAAAAUGAACUUAGACUCCAGAGCGAAAAUAUGAACAAGAAUGCCAGGAGAACAAGAGAAAAUAUAUGGAGGAAAUAAAAAAACUCGAAGAAGAAAUAAGAAUUCAUGAAAAGAGCCGAGAAGAACCAAGAGCAGUAACGCAGGAGCAGAGGAAGGGCAGGAAGUCAUGGCUGGGAAUGCUGAAAAAGAAGAAUCCUAAAUAACUUGUGUCCGACCAUCGGAGGAGACAUCGGGACCCCCUGGUCACUCUGCAGACACUACUAUAGAAGUACAUUUAUUAGUCGUCAUUGGCAUUGCUGUAUAUUUUAAGAGAUUUCAAAAAUUAUUUUUACAAGAUAAGAGUGAAUUUCAAGAAAUCUGUCUGAUUCCAAUAAAUCGGCCAUCAGAUUGGAUUUA